GAUAUUAGAAAAAGUGAAAUAAUUUGUGAAUCGCUGAGAAAUAUACUAUUGUCACAAAUGUCUUCAACAACAAUUUUAUUUAAUGUUAUUUCAUUGAAAUACAAAUGUUGAUCAACGAUGGCCACAUUAGGCCUUUCAAAAGUCUUCAUACUGGAUAAAUACUUUACGGAAUUGCAAAAAUUUUGGGAGACGGAGAAGAAGUUGCAGGACGCCUCAUCUUCAAAUGAGGCGGUGCAUCUACAGCAACGACUUAAAAGUCUCAGUACGGAAUUAGUCACACUGCGUAAUCGUUUGCAUGUGGGCCAAGGCCCGGGUACAAUUGCCAAUGGCAAUAAUGUACAAAAUAGCAACAAUGCUAACAGUCUGUCAUUGCAACAACAGCAGCAACAAUUGGGUCCUUUAACAUCGGUCUUGGAAUUGAGUGCUUCAAGUCCAAAUUUGAAUAGUACGAACAUCGGUAGCACCAACAACAACAAUAGCCAUAAUAAUAACAGCAACGCUAGUUUUAAUAAUUUCACCAACGCAAAUGGCAACAACGUAGUACAAGCACAACAACAGCAACCGCCAUCAUUGCAUCAAUCUAAUUGUAGUAAUAAUAAUGCUAAUCUAACAACAACAACAACACAAACUAAUACCGCCCAUCAUCAUCAGCAACAACAACAACCACAAUCAUCACAACUACAGCAUCAUAACAACAAUCAUCACUCAGCAACAACAACACCACCAUCAUCAUCAACAACAACGCCAUCAACAACCAUUAUUAACUGUAACAACAACAACACCAACAGCAGCAAUAAUAAAAAUUUGCACACAUUCAGUCAUACAUUGCCACAUAAUUCAACAUCUGGUGGAUCGGGUAUUGUUUCAUCACGAAAUACGUCCAUUCCACAUCCAUUGCCACAUCAGAUCAAUGACAAAGCGCCUUCCUCUUCAUCGGCCCAAAAUUUUAUGGAUUCCAUUGUAAUGCCAGUUUUAUCCACCUCGCUCAACACAACAUCACUAAAUUACAACUCAAACACUCUACCAAUGCGAUCAUCCAGCUCGCAUGCAUCACAACUGCAGCAUCAGAGCCAACAUAAUUUACAACAUUCGCACCUGCAUCAUCACCAGCCAUCAUCACACCAUUCCAACGGCACCAAUCAACAUCAACAACAGUUUCAGCAACAGACAGCACAGCACUCGUCACAUCAUCAACAGUUGCAGAAUCAUCAUCAGCAGCAGCAACAACUGCCCUUCAUACCCAUACAAAAACAUUUGAAUCCUUGCAGUGGUAUCAACACUCUACCCAUCUCAUUCGCAAAUUGCCAUGCUCGACCUAACGGUAACGCCCAUCAAAAUAUUAAUUAUCGAUCGAACCAAUAUGCCAAUCAACUACACCCUACUAUAAAUACCAAUGGUAGCUUUGGUGGAAACAUUCCUGGCGUGAUUGAGAGCUUUCCAUCUGGAGGUCAGACAAAACAGCCGCAUGAGUUGGAUGAUCUAAUUCAUCUCUCGGGGCCAUUAACUGAGGAUGCUGUAAUGCGAACAUUGCAGGCUCGUUUUCAUGACAAUUGCUAUUUUACAAAUGUCGGUCCAAUAUUGCUGUCCAUAAAUCCAUAUCUUCAUGUCGGCAAUCCCUUGACACUUACAUCCACCCGAGCAUUCCCGUUGGCACCCCAACUGCGUAAAAUUGUCCAGGAAGCCGUACGUCAACAGGCCGAAACAGGUUAUCCACAAGCCAUUAUUUUAUCCGGAACAUCGGGUGCUGGUAAAACACAUUGUUCUAUGCUAUUACUUCGUCAACUAUUUGCCGUCGCCGGUGGUGGACCAGAAACGGAUGCCUUUAAACAUUUGGCAGCCGCAUUUACAGUAUUACGUUCCUUAGGCUCAGCCAAGACCACAACAAAUUCCGAAUCCAGUCGCAUUGGUCAAUUUAUUGAAGUACAAGUAACCGAUGGUGCUCUGUAUCGGACUAAAAUUCAUUGUUACUUUUUGGACCAGACACGAGUGAUAAGACCACUGCCAAAAGAGAAAAACUAUCAUAUUUUCUAUCAAAUGCUUGCCGGCCUCAGUCGGGAAGAACGUGUGAAAUUAAAUUUGGAGGGAUAUUCACCGUUAAAUUUGCGUUACUUACAAAACGGUGAUGUGGUACAAAACGAACAAGAAGAUUCGAUACGCUUUCAAGCAUGGAAGACUUGUUUGGGUAUAUUGGGUAUACCAUUUUUGGAUGUGGUUCGUGUGUUGGCCGCUGUUCUACUAUUGGGAAAUGUACAAUUUAUCGAUGGUCAGAGUCUAGAGGUUGAUGUCAAGGGUGAAACUGAAUUAAAUGCCGUGGCCAGUUUACUGGGUGUUCCACCAGCGGCCCUGUUUCGUGGUCUAACAGUGAGGACUCACAAUGCACGCGGACAACUGAUAAAAUCAGUUUGUGACGCCAACAUGUCUAACAUGACGCGUGAUUCCUUGGCAAAGGCUCUCUAUUGCCGUACUGUUGCCACAAUUGUCAGGAGAGCAAAUAGCCUGAAGCGUUUGGGUUCAACAUUGGGCACACUAAGUUCAGAUUCCAAUGAAUCAGUACACAAUCAAGGCGAUAUUGCAUCACAACAUGCUUCCACUAUUGGCGGAAAUUCCGGCUCCAAAUCAAUGGCUGCCCUUAACAAUGCAGUACGCCAUGCCACGGAUGGAUUCAUUGGCAUCCUAGAUAUGUUCGGAUUUGAGGAACCCUCACCACAUGCUCAACUGGAACAUCUGUGUAUCAAUUUGUGUGCCGAAACAAUGCAACAUUUUUAUAAUACUCACAUCUUUAAGAGCUCCGUUGAAUCAUGUCGGGAUGAGGGAAUCGUUUGCGAUACCGAAGUGGAUUAUGUGGAUAAUGUUCCAUGCAUCGAUUUGAUAUCUUCGUUGCGCACUGGACUGCUGAGUAUGUUGGAUGCGGAAUGUGCCGCCCGCGGUACUGCUGAGAGUUAUGUGUGUAAAAUAAAGGUGCAACAUCGUAAUUCACCUAGAUUGGAAAUCAAGCACACCACUGAGCCUCAUGAUCCACGAAUGUUCAUGAUACGUCAUUUUGCCGGUCGAGUGGAAUACGAUGCAACAGAUUUUCUGGAUACAAAUCGUGAUGUAGUACCCGACGAUUUGGUUGCGGUAUUUUAUAAGCAUACGUGUAACUUUGGUUUUGCCACACAUCUUUUUGGAUCCGAACUGAAGGCGCUGUAUGCCUUGCAAAGUGUCCCCCGUGGUUUAAGUUUCCGCAUAGCGCCAACAUCACACACAGAUCUACUGAAUGGUGACGAACCGGUAUCAACCUUAACUCAAGACUUCCAUACACGUUUGGACAACCUUUUACGUACUCUGGUACAUGCACGCCCACAUUUUGUACGCUGCAUCCGCAGCAAUUCAAUGGAAGCAGUUGGUUGUUUUGAACGCAUGACAGUUGUCAAACAAAUACGCUCUCUGCAAGUCCUUGAAACGGUCAACCUUAUGGCUUCGGGAUUUCCCCAUCGUAUGCGCUUUAAACAGUUCAAUGCACGCUACCGUAUGUUGGCGCCAUUCCAUUUGAUACGUCGAAACGAGGAUAAAAUGGAAGAAUGUUGCAAUAUAAUAUUGCAACAUGCUAUGGAAAAUCCUCCCGUUGUUGAGGGCUCCGUUACAUUGGGCUGGGCACCGGGAAAACGUCAUGUCUUCUUAAGCGAAGGAAUUCGCCAACAUUUGGAACAUUUACGUACGGAAAUACGUAACAAGAGUGCAACACUGAUUCAGGCCACAUGGCGUGGUUGGCAGUGGCGGAAGAAAAUGGGUGGUGUUAAUCAUCGAGUAAUCAAUAAUGGAACUGGUGGGCUUAUGACAUCUCCAUCGGCUAAGCUUAAUAAAUUGCAUGGACACAAUGGUAUAAAUAGUGGAGCCACAAUGCCAACACGAGGAACAACAUCGACAACAAUUACAGCGAAUGCUUCGAUUGGCGUCAAUGCAUUAUCAGCAUCGUUGCCGCGCUUAUCGGCCAAAACCACAAAUCCUGCAGGAACAGGAGGAAGCAAUGUCACGAGACCAAGACCACAGCCAAUUGCUGGUACUCCGCCACCAGAUCCAAAUGAAAAAUGUGACACAAAGAUAAUACAACAAACAUGUAGCCUUUUCGGAUUAGAUUUGGAACGUCCACCACCUGUACCACCAUCUCGUAAUUACACUAUAACUGGUAACACAAAAUUAAGCUUUCCACAAACGCGUGUUAUGAAAAUGAACUUUCCCGAGGACACCAUAACAAAUCCGCCUACCGAACAAUUGAAAAAGGGCGAAAGUGUAAAUGUUGUUGGUGCGUCAUCAUGCCGUGGCCAUUUGAUUGUCGAACACAAAGGACAAAACUUUCAUGUUCCAUUCCAAUAUAUGGAACUGCUCAAAGGUAUGGGCAACGGUACAACCAACGGAACCAACGCAAUCCAAAAUGCCAGCAACAACAACAAUGGCGGUGGAGCUAACAACAACACUGGUGGCAAUAACAACACUACUAAUGCAGCCGCAACAAGUGCAGCUGUCAAAAUAUAA